GUCUCGCGGAUUGAUCAAGGAUAUUGUUCAGGUUCAUAAAGCCGGUGGCUUUGAUAUAGUGAACUGGACAGCCAAUGACAGCAGAAUUCUUAAUUGUGUGAGUGACACGAUGAAAAGUUUGAAUGCGAAGGAUGAACCUGAAAGAAUUCUUGGCUUGUGGUGGGACUCUUCUGAAGAUGUCUUCACUUUCAAGACCACAUUCCAUCGCGUCGCAUCUGAUAUUCUGUCUGGAGAGAAGAUACCCACAAUGAGAGAAGUAUUACGGCUGGUAAUGUCAAUCUUCGAUCCAUUGGGAUUUUUGGCUAUGUUUUCGGUGAAAGGAAAGAUGAUUCUCCAAGAGAUUUGGCGUCAGAAAAUUGGAUGGGACGACAUCAUUUAUGGUGUGGCUUUGGAGCAGUGGCAAGCAUUCAUCAAGGAGCUAAAAAUGAUUGACACAGUGAAGAUACCGAGAUGUUAUUCUCCGAAACUUCCGGAAGCAACUUCAAUCCAGCUACACGUCUUUGGAGACGCCAGCGAGAGUGCCUAUGCAUCAGUUGCAUAUUUACGGAUUGAAAGUGAAAAUAGUGUUGAAGUGGCUUUUGUGUGUGCUAGAACUAAAGUUGCUCCAUUGAAAGCUACCAGUAUCCCAAGACUUGAGUUACAAGCUGCAGUGCUUAGUGCGCGAGUUAGCGUUGCGGUAAAAUCAUCUUUGGAUCUUGAAUUUGAUCGAGUGGUUUUGUGGACGGAUUCCCUAACGGUGAUGGGGUGGAUCAAAAGUGAUUCUCGUAGAUACAAGCAGUUUGUUGGACACAGAAUAAGUGAAAUUGACCAACUGACAGAGAUUCAUCAAUGGAGAUGGAUUUCGACUACACAGAAUCCAGCUGAUUUGGCCACGCGUAGAAAGCCGUGUGAUUUCAGUGCGUCCUCUAAAUGGUUCACUGGGCGCCCUUCCUGAAAUUGGAGGAGGAACAAUGGCCUCAAGAUGAUAAAAAACAAAAAGUUGCAGACAAUGGAGACAUUGAGGUGUUUCAAGUGUUAGUGAACGUUGAAAGGUUUAUUGGAAAUCGUCUGAUUCCAGAGAUGAGUCGUUUUUCCCGCUGGAAUCGACUUGUCAGAGCGACUGCUCAAGUGAAAAAUUGUGCGCAGUUUUGGUUGGAAAAGUGGCGUAAAGCGAAAGAAAAUCUAAAAACAAGUGAAUUACCCGGACUCAAAGUGAGUGAUUUGAUAGAAGCAGAAAAAGUGUUGCUUCAGGAAAUACAGUCAGUGUACAGAAGAGAAAUACAGUGUCUCCAAGAGGGAAAAGUAAUUCCCAAAGAAAGUGAUUUGUAUCAUUUGACGCCGUUCAUGGAUUCUGAUGGAUUAUUGAAAAUGAGAUCACGUUUGCAAAAUAGUGAAGUGCGAGUAAAGUGCCCCAUUAUUCUUCCGCCGAAGCACGUGGGGACAAAGUUGAUUAUUAGUGAUUUUCAUGUUCGGAAUCAUCACCAAGGACGAGAACAAGUUGUAAACAACGUUCGUGAAAGAUUUUAUAUUCCAAGAGUGAGAGUGGCAGUCAAGAGGGCUUGGCAUGAGUGUCAAAUUUGCAAAAACAAACGCGCCCAACCUUUGAUUCCUGAAAUGGCCGUGCUUCCAUCCGCAAGAGUUAAUGAUUCAGUGUAUCCCUUUGUAAAGAGUGGAAUGGAUUAUUUUGGACCAUUAGAAGUGAAGGUGGGUCGUCGUGUGGAGAAAAGAUGGGGAGUAAUCUUCACUUGCCUAGCGACUCGUGCUGUGCACUUGGAAGUCGCACACUCCCUGACGACAGACAGUGCCAUCAUGGCAAUUAGACGUUUCAUGAAUCGACGCGGAUCUAUAACUGAUAUGUUCUGUGAUAAUGGAACAAAUCUUCGAGGAGCUGAUAACGAAUUUCGACGACUUUAUGCAGCCGUAGAUGAAAAGAAGAUUCAGGAAACCUUCUCCGAAAAGCGUGUGGAAUUUCACUUUAAUCCACCAGCCGCACCACAUAUGGGCGGUGUUUGGGAAAGACUUGUCCGUUCCGUCAAAGUUGUAUUGAAAGAGGUCAUGAGGACACGGCAUCCCACUGAUGAGGAGUUGCACACAUUCUUUAUUGAAGUGGAGUAUAUUCUAAAUAACCGGCCUUUAACUUAUGUGUCGAUUGAUCCUGAUGACGAGACUGCCAUCACUCCCAAUCAUUUCUUGAUUGGAAGAUCUGGAGAGAACCGACCGAUUGGGACCUUUGAUGACAGCGAUUUGUUCCUCCGCAAAGCAUGGAGACGAGCUCAGUAUUACGCAGACCAUUUUUGGCGUAGAUGGAUGCGUGAGUACCUUCCCGAGUUGACAAGACGAACUAAGUGGUAUUCUACCACUAAAACUAUCAAGAUUGGAGAUGUCGUUGUUGUGUGUGAUGAACAGUUACCUCGCAACCAGUGGCCCUUGGGUCGAGUGGAAGAAGUAUUUCCUGCCCCUGAUGGGAAAAUUCGUUCAGCGAUGGUAAGAACUCGUUAUGGCCUAUACAAGAGACCAGUUGCAAAGCUUGCUGUGCUGGACGUGGAGUAGGUGGGUGCAGGAGCACCAGAGGGGAAAAUGUUGGAAACGCGAGCGCUAACUGGCGGAAAUAUUUGAAGAUUUAUUAUGUAAGCCCUUCCGGCACAUUUGUCAGUCUUUUUGUAGAAAGCGUGGCGUGACGUGCAUUUGUGAAUUUUCAUAGGAAAAGAAUUUGCAUUUGGCUGAACUCCUUGGGAGACGAUCAAGCUGAGUCCUGAGUCAGGAAAAAGAGUUAUAUAACUUGGUUGUAAACUUUCAAAAAGCUUGAGGUUGGUGGAAGCAAACGGAGGCCGUUUGAGAUUAAAGGACCACCAACAUUCAUUCAUUCAUUUGUAAUCAGCCAUUUAGUCAUCGCCAAAGUAAUCAAGUCCUUGCAGUCCGCCACGGGGAAAUUGAGUUAAUAAAAAUAAAUACAGUCCA